GUCGAACGAAAAAAAUUAGGAGAAAAUAUUUUUUUAAAAUAAUUUUCGGGAUCAAAAAAGCAGCAAAAUGUUGUUUUUGUUGGGACUUUUGCUGCUAAUUAGCGAAAUUAGAUGCGGAAUGUCCGUGAACAUUACUCUUAUAGAGCCGCAACCCAUAUGGAACAGCACCUUCACGGAUAAACUGAAAAAGGAUCUGCUGAUGAAUUACGAUCGUUUUGCGCGACCUGCGCAUCAUGAAAACGCCACAAAUGUCGACAUUAAGCUCUCCAUUCGACACAUUGACAUCAACGAGCAAAAAUCCAUCAUGACACUCAACGGAUGGACCAAAUUCUCGUGGAAUGACGACAAGCUGAAAUGGAAUCCAGCGGAUUAUGGGGGCUUGGAAUCCGUUCAUAUGGCAGAUCAUGAAGUGUGGCAACCGGAUAUUGUGUUGUACAAUUCGGCAUUGGGCAAUGAUAUUUCGCAUUACGGCAGAACGACGUGCAUCGUGUAUCACGGAGGGAAGGUUUUGUGGGUGCCGCCGUCGCAAUUUCAGGUAUUUUGCGAUUUGGAUUUGCGAAAAUGGCCAAAUGAUGUGCAAACGUGCAUGAUUAAAGUUGGUUCGUGGACCUAUUCGGGGAAUAUUCUUGAUUUGCAGUCCGAGACACCGGAGCUCCAACUGGUCAUCGAGAACCCCGAAUGGCAAAUCACUUCGAUGAAAAGUACUCGCAACGUCAAAAUGUACGCAUGUUGCACGGAGCCCUAUGUCGAUAUCGAAUACAACAUCACCGUAGCUCGUCGCUCCGAAAUGUACAAAAGUGUCGCUUUCACGCCCAUCACAAUUGUCGUCCUUUCGACACUCGCGAGUUUCUGGCUUCCCUCCGAAGCAGGCGAAAAAAUCAUCAUAAACUGCUUCAACGCCGUCAUUCUAACGAUUUUCAUCAAAUAUUUUUCAAACUUGUUGCCUGUCUCGGCAACGACUGUUCCGCUCGUCGUUUGUCAUUAUUGUUUGACGCUGUAUUUGGUGUGUUUUGCUCUCAUUCUCGGCGUGGUUGUCAUCAAAAUCGCGCGAAACAAGAAUGGAAAUGUACCGAAUGCGUGCAAAGUUGUCAUCGACAGUUGGUACGGAUCAUUUUUGGGUGUCACGAAUCCACGGGCGAAGCAAAAGGCGGCACAGGAGUUGAAAGAUGGCGCUUUUGAUGAUCAUCAAACGAGCGACGAUCAUCAAAUUAUUAGUUCAGCGGGACAUCAAUCGGGCGAAAAUGAGUUUUAUUGGUCGUUGUUGGGUAGACUCAUCGAUCGAACGGCAUUUUUGGUUUAUCUCGUCACGUUUGGCGUGAUGGCUUUGAAGCAUUUCUUGUAAUGCAAACCUCUAAAGUGUAUUAAAUUAAAUUUUUAAAUAUUUUGUCACUCUUUUCCGACUUUGACGAAAAAAUUCAAGAAAAAAAUAUAAAAAAAAAGUUAAAAUUUU